UGUUCAUUUAUUUUAUUUUAUUUUUACAUGGAAGUGUGCAUGGAAUCCCUUGAUAAGUGGAUUUGCUUGAGAAGUCUGGUGGCCUACAUGGGCAUGUAAAUGAUUUACCCUGGUCAUGGCUAAGCCUGCCACCAACCAACUGCUGGGACUGGGGGGUUAAACCACAGUCUCAAAGCCUCCGGAUUACAAAGUUAGAUCCCCCAUUUGUCACAGAGUGAGGGAGGUGAUAGGGAAGGGAUAGGGGCUGCUCUGAAUGCAUGUUUCCCUUACCGAACACAAAUCUGCUAUCACCCUCGAUGUGACUGCUCUCUGUUUCUGCCUUUGUGUUCCUUUGCUUCAGUCCUGAAUGAGUAAUUAAAUGCAGUAAAUUAACUACUUUUUUUACCCAAGCUCUAUAGCCCUGUAACUGCUGGUGCAGAUAAGGCCUCUUUGCUGCUUACCUGUCAACAAGACUGAUUAUUGGGACGAGUACAACCUAAUGAGAAUAAGCCACCCCACCAGGACCCCAAUCUGACAGUAAAGCCAUGUUGCUGUGGUAAUAGGAGGAAAGGGAGCAUGUUGUGAGGUUUAUGACCAAUGCCAUGGAAAAAGUACAUAUUUCUGUAAUGUAUGAAAAGGGGUUAAGCCACAGCAACUGGUAUAGAAAUGGAACAGAAACAGAAUGUCCCUUUGUUCCUGAGUGAUUUCUGUGAAUCUGUUCGUUUCAAUUAAUCAAUUAAGUUUAAUUAUUGCAAGUCUCGCUCAGCGCUUCAUAUAUGUUUCUAUUGUAACACGUUUCUAUUCUUUUCCAAUUUCUAUUCCCCGAUCUGUGCUUUGGUGUGGUCCUCGGGGCAAAGCUGCCAUCCUAUCACAGGAUAAUUCACGUUAAACCAAUGGAGACAGAACAAUCUUCUCAGCCCAGUUCCCCCAAAUGCUCGCUUGCUGAUGCAGUAAUAUCUGCUCAUUAUUAUUCUGGGGCCGUAUGCGGUCCACGAAACGGUCUUAAAGAGCCAGGGUUACCGACACGCAGUUUAUGAGCUGUCUGAUAUCACUCAACCUCCACCUGCUGCCUGUUGUCUUCAGAUGAGCAGUCUGUGAUCUAAACAGGCUAUCUAUGUGUUUGGGGAGGUGGAGAGAUUUGCUGGAUGGAGGCGGGGAGGGUUGAGCUGACCGCUCCGCUCGUGAUGUGUCAGUCUACCGCGCGGGAUGCCUCUCACUCGGACCGGUGACGCGGCGGCUGUGAUGAGAUGGAAGGAAGAGGUCUCGGACUAGACCCUGUUCAAACACAGACACUUGGGUAUCAGCGUUUAUUUAUCGUGAGGUGUCGCUGAAGGAGAGUUGGGGACGCUUAACGGUAUUCCCAGGCGUGAAAGAUCAUUGACUGUGUGUUUCAUUGUCAGAAAUCUAAGGAUAUAACACAGAUCCAAACACCAUGUUAUGCUACAGGCGUCUUUGAUCGUUUCCCAUCAUAUUAUUAUAAGAUUAGGAAGGAAAAGAAAAGGAAGGAGUAAGAGAAAGAACCGUUUACAAAAAGCUGUUUUGGUGUCAGAGAACCAUGAGCUCUGUGGAGGAGGAGCCGGACCACAUGAUACCAUGAAGAGAAGUCUGCAGGUUCUGCCCCACCAGCUGCUGAGUGUUCUGCUGAUUCUGUCUUUGCCAGUUGGGCUGGUGUUCUCCGCAAAGGAGCCUGACCCCAACCAAACCCACAGGGACCUUGUCUCCAUGUCAACAAGAAGCAGAAUCCUCACCACCCUCUCACCGGGGCCCUUGGGCUGGCAUGAGGGUUCCAGCACUGGGGAUCUGCGUAUCCAGUCACUGGCUUCUCUAAAAGCCAUCAGUAGACCCACUACUGUCAGCUCUUCCCAGACAGCAAAGAACAAUGUACCAUCUGCCAAAUUUCAAACAAUUCAGACAACAACAGUAGGUGUGCAUUCUUUUGGUCCCAGGGAUCAGGCAUCACUCAGAAUCUCUCUUUCAGAAGCAGAAGUACCCCAACUGACCACUAGAAGUAUGUUCAAUAGAACAAGCUCUGGGUUUUUCACCACUAAAACCCAAGACCAGAACUUUAGCACUAAUACCAACAAGCCGAGUACAAUCAGAAGACAGAAAGUGAACCAGUCGGAGUUCUCAAGUGUGGUCCAUAUAAAUCAAACCACUGCUACUGGGUCGUAUAGUAGAAACCAAGUCACAAAUUCUGGCUCAGAUCAUUCUUUUCUCUCAGGGACUAAAAGUGACAUGGCCAUUAAUGGCAAGGGCCUUUUGGGGACCACAUACACUGGAGAAAUGGGAGUGAAGGAGCCCACUGAUCCCAUUCAACAUUUACCAUCAUCUUCAUUUACUUCAACCUUCAAAACCCACAAAGGGCAGAACACGAAUAAGGAGGCUUCACAACACACCAUUACACUGCGUGACGUGUCUUCAACAGAGAAUCUAACAUUGGGAAAAGGGAUACAUCCUUUUGCACAAACUGGCAUCCAGUCUCCUCCCCCAUCACCUUACAACCAUGUUAUAAUAUCUGAUCCCACUCCUUCAGCGAAGAGCACAAACUUUGUGGAAGUCCAAGAUGGCAGGAAUGGAACCACCAAUAUGACCACUGAUUCUCUUUUCUCUUUAAAAGAUGCCACCGAUGUUAUCAACAGCACGGAUGCCUCAUGGCCUGCAGUUAAUGAUUUAGACAUCUCAGAAGCACCAUCCACAGCUAGCGGGAGCUACAUGAACAGGCAGGUUCCAGCCACCACACAAGGCCCAUGGGGAUCUGGGAACCAGUCGGCUCCUGCGCUGGGUCCUUCUCAUGAAAAAAACACCAUCUGCCUUGACAAAAUGAACAUUGUGUGGUUGGUUCUUGCCAUUAGCGUGCCUGUCUCCUCAUGCUCCGUACUGCUUACCGUAUGCUGUAUGAGGAAAAAGAAGAAGUCUGCUACUCAGGAGAACAACAUGAGCUACUGGAAUGACGCCAUCACCAUGGAUUACUUCACUCGCCAUGCUGUGGAGCUCCCAUGCGAGAUACAAUCACUGGAGACUGAGGAACAAGAGACGUGUCUGCCCCCUAACGGUGACUACAGCGACAGCGGCGUAGUUCUGGUUAACCCCUUUUGCCAAGAGACUCUCUUUAUCAACAGAGACAAGGCUUCUGAUAUCUAAAAACAUUCUAUUAAAAGGAGACAAAAUCCUUGAGGAUUUCCCAGUCCCUUUUAUUUGCUUGCAUUUUUUAAAGAAUAUACAAAUAUAAAUAAAUAUAUACACAUACAGUAUAUGUGGUGAACCUUCAGAGACUCUGGUUUAUAUAUGAAACUGGUUUCAAGGAUCUGAAAGAAUAUUAUAAAAAAAGAACACAAAUUAAAAAUGAGGGGGAGCCCCUGCAUAUUUUUCUGAUGUGGAUUUUCUACAGACGCUUCAUUGUGAUAAGGGUUUUUAUGUCUUUUUUGAAUAAAAACAAUAAGUGUGUUUGCUCUUAUGUCCUAGUGGCUUUGGUGGAGCAGAGUGCUGAGAAACAUGAUGCGUGGUGUAAGGAUGCUUGUGUGACUUUACCCAAAACACUUAAUAUGAUUACUUAAAAAAGCCUGCCGCACUUGAAUUCUGUAUGUAAGGGGAUGGAGGGGUAAAGAGCAUUGAUUCUGAAAUGUUUCUAAAAUGGGUCCAGUGGGUACUGCAGCAACCCUCGCUUCUCUAUUGGAGGAACUUGAGUUGAUUGCCUGUUUGCAUUUUAUGGAGGACGAAUCAAGAUUUUCUGAGAUGGUUUGUCCCCAGCUGAGUCACCAGCCAAAAGACAAAAUUACAAUUGUCCCAUUCCUUAGAUGUUCAAAAUGUUUUUGUGUGCGUAUAUGUCUUGUUGCAUGCAUCUUUUCUGAUUUGAGGUUUAUGUGUGUCUUUAGACUAGAUGUCAAAAAGGAUUUCGUUUCUAUCAAGAUUUUGUUGUUUCAAACACCCUAAAACUCCAUUCACAUUCACACAGUUGCACAAGCAAGUAGAAAGAAAUAUGCUUAAAUUAAAAUGAAAUGCCUCAUACAAAGCCCUUGCCAUGGUAAUGUUACUGUGCUCCACAUUACACAUUAUAUCUGUUCAUGUUGUACUUGUUUGUGUUCAACUUCUAUUAGCGGGGCUAAGCAUUAUACUAUAUAACUGAAGUUUAUUUUUUAUUUUUUAUUAAACCACCAUAUUUGUUUAUUCGCUAUGUUAUGCUCUGAUGAAAAUGGCACUACUAUUGCUUCACAACUUGCUGAAAAGUUCAUUUAUUUCAGUAAUUCAACUCAAAUUGUGAAACUUGUGCAUUAAAUAAAUUCAAUGCACACAGACUGAAGUCGUUUAACUCUUUGGUUCUUUUUAUUGUGAUGAUUUUGGCUUGCAUUUAACAAAACCCCACCAAUUCACUAUAUCAUCAAAUUAGAAUAUGGUUAUCAACUCAAAACACCUGCAAAGGUUUCCUGAGCCUUCAAAAUGGUCUCUCAGUUUGGUUCACUUGGCUACACAAUCAUGGGGAAGACUGCUGAUCUGACAGUUGUCCACAUGACAAUCAUUGACAUGCUUCACAAGGAGGGUAAGCCACAAACAUUCAUUCAAAGAGUGCUGUAUCCAAGCAUGUUAACAGAAAGUUGAGUGGAAGGAAAAAGUGUGGAAGAAAAAGAUGCACAACCAACCGAGAGAACUGCAGCCUUAUGUGGAUUGUCAAGCAAAAUCAAUUCAAGAAUUUGAGUGAACUUUACUAGGAAUGGACUGAGGCUGGGGUCAAGGCAAACAGACAUGUCAAGGAAUUUGGCUACAGUUGUCGUAUUCCUCUUGUUAAGCCACUCCUGGGGCAUCUUACCUGGGCUAAGGAGAAGAAGAACUAGACUGUUGCUCAGUGGUCCAAAGUCAUUUUUUUUUUCAGAUGAUAGCAAGUUUUGUAUAUCAUUUGGAAACCAAGGUCCUAGAAGGGUAGAGAAGCUCAUAGCCCAAGUUGCUUGAAGUCCAGUGUUAAGUUUCAACAUUCUGUGAUGAUUUGGGGUGCAAUGUUAUUAGCUGGUGUUGGUCCAUUGUAUUUUUUGAUAACCAAAGUCACUGCAACCAUUUACCAAGAAAUUUUGGAGCACUUCAUGCUUCCUUCUGCUGACCAGCUUUUUGAAGAUGCUGAUUUCAUUUUCCAGUGGGAUUUGGCACCUGCCCACACUGGCAAAAGCACCAAAGUUGGUUAAAUGACCAUAGUGUUGGUGUGCUUGACUGACCAGCAAACUCACCAGACCUGAACCCCAGAGAGAAUCUAUGGGGUAUUGUCAAGAGGAAAAUGAGAAACAAGAGACGAGAAAAUGCAGAUGAGCUGAAGGCCAUGGUCAAAGAAACCUGAGCUUCCAGACCACCUCAGCAGUGCCACAAACGGAUCACCUCCAUGCCACACUGAAUUGAGGCAGUAAUUAAAGCAAAAGGAAACCAAACCAAGUAUUGAACCCAUGUACAGUAAAUUAAGAUAUUGAUCUUAUGAAGUAUCCUAAUUUGCUAGUGAAUUUGUGGGUUUUUGUUAAAUGUAAGCCUAACUCAUCACAAUUAUAAGAACCAAAGACUUAAACUACUUCAGUCUGUGUGCAUUGAAUUUAUUUAAUAUAUGAGUUUCACAAUUUGAGUUGAAUUACUGAAAUAAAUGAACUUUUCCAUGAUAUUUUUCAUUGAGAUGCACCUCUAUGUAUUCUUAGAAGACAUGUUUUUCUUAGUGAAGGGUGAAUGAGUGUGCUUGUGGUUCUGUCUGUCUAUCUUUGUCCCUUAUGUGAACAUUGAUGAGAAUAAAUGAGACCAAACUGAAUUUA